UUCAGUGCCACUGAAACGGAAGUACAAGUGCGGUGAGUGUGCGACUGCAGUCUUGUUGUUGUUACGCGUAGCACGCAGCACUUGCUGCGAAGAUGCGCAUCGAGAAGUGUUAUUUUUGCUCGGGUCCGGUGUACCCAGGACAUGGAGUUAUGUUUGUGCGAAAUGACUGCAAGAUGUUCAGAUUCUGCAGAUCAAAAUGCCACAAGAAUUUCAAAAAGAAGCGUAAUCCCAGAAAGACUAGAUGGACCAAGGCAUUCCGAAAGGCAGCUGGAAAGGAAUUGACAGUGGAUAACUCCUUGGAGUUCGAGAAACGCAGAAAUAUACCUGUGAAAUACAACCGGGAGAUGUGGGACAAGACAGUGGAAGCAAUGAAGAAGGUGGAAGAAAUCAAACGGAAACGGCAGGCAAGAUUUAUUAUGAACAGAUUAAAGAAGGGCAAGGAGUUAGAGAAGGAACAGGACAUCAUGGAAGUGAAAAAGAAUAUUCACCUCAUCAAAGCACCACACGCAGGGAAAGCCAAACAAAUGGAAGAGAAAAUGUUGCAGAAAGUACAAGAGGAUGCGGAUAUGGGAGAUGAAGACAUUUAAUGUGUUGGUUUUGUGUAAGAUAGUACUGACUGACUUCAGUAGACUUCGUUAGUUUGGAAACCAACAUUUUACAAACGCUUCUUAACGGACUCUGCAGUGCAUCCUGUUGGAAGUGGUGUGUGCACAGUGGAUGGUUGCAUUGCUCCACUUAAGUCUUCUGUGGAGACCUGUGUUUGUUAGUUCGCUAACUUGUGCGGAAAAAAAAAAUCAGAUGAGAGAAUAAACACUUCAUUGUUGGAAAAAACAA